GAGGAUGGGAAGAAUUAAUCUAAUGCGGGGGAGGCGGAGGGACAAUGUCCACUCAGCCUUUUCAUUACCCGGCGGGAAGAUGGAUGGGUUUCGGGGACGGUUGUCCAGGCGCUCCGGCUCGCUGUAGGGAUACGUCAGAGCGCUCGGGUCCACGGUGGAGGAGCCCCGGGGCCCCCCCGCCCGGCUCGCGUAUAAAGUCGGGGCCUGGCGGAGGCUGCAGCAGUGGCGCGGCCGGCGGCGGCGGAGCUCCUGCGGGUCCCGGUCCUGCGGUCGCUCCUCCGCGGGGAGAGCGCACUCUCCACUCAGCUCGCGGCGCGCUCCCAGGACUUCCCGCCCGGACCAUGCGCGAGCUGCCGCUCGUCCUGCUGGUGCUGGUCGUGUGCCAGGCACCCCGGGGAUCGGCCGCCCCGGUGCCGGCUGCCGGAGAGACUGUGCUGGCCAAGAUGUACCCGCGAGGCAACCACUGGGCGGUGGGGCACUUGAUGGGGAAGAAGAGCACAGCGGAGUCGGCCGCAUAUGUUGACGAGGGAGGGAGCCCGAGGCACCGGCUGCGGGAGUACAUUCUGUGGGAAGAGGCUGCAAGGAAUUUGCUAAGCCUCGUGGAAGGAAAGGGGACCAGAAGCCACCAGUCACCUCAGGGGGCACCCCUGGCUAUUCUCCAGUCUACUUGGGAUUCCGAGGAUAGCAGCAACUGGAGAGAUGUAAGUUCAAGACCCAAAGGCUCUCAACGUGAAGGAAGGAAACCCCAGCGGAACGACAAUGACAACGGCAGCCUCUCUCAACGAAGCAAAACGAACCCCUUAAGAGACUUUGUUCCAUGGGCAACGAUUCCCCUGGAUCGGCCACAGGAUUUCCUUUGUGCGAAGUACUUCACCAUUCCUGUGUCUUUCAACCUUGACUAAACCCGUGGUUUUCCAGCAGCAUCUUUGGGUUUACGUUUGUUUGCUGUGAAUAAUUUGUCCAUAAAGAGUCUUCUAGUUAAUGUUCUCUGCGUCUAGGCUAUGUGUCCAUUAUCUUCCAGUCUCCUGACCUGUUACCAUUCCCAAUAAAUGCUUAAACACACUGCCCAAAGGGCAGGUGGUCCUCUUAUUUCAAUUUCAGAUGACAGGACAGCGUGGCAGAGAGUAAUAAAAAAACUUGAUAAUGAA